AUGAAAGAGACACGAGGACAUUGUGGGAUGCGUGCCGUUGCGGGAGAGGAUGGGGUGCGGGGGGAUGCCAGUUCUUCUCUCUCUCCGUGCCUUUGCGACGCUUUUUGCAGGCUGGACGUUGCGGAGGCGGCGAGGCUGCUCCAAUGCACCGCGGCUACUCUGAGACGAGGAGGGGCGCUGCACUGGAGAGAAUGUACAUUGAAAAAUGUCUCCAAUUCAUUGUUAUGUGCGUAUAUUGUUGCUCCUCGACCCACCAUUGGGGCCUUUGCUUCACAGGAGGGGAGCGAGGAGACUGCGUGCCGAAAGUUGUUGAAAAUUACUACAUGCGCAGGCUGUGCCAUGGCGGAGAUGUGUUUAUUACCGGCUGCCAGCAGCUCUGCUGCAGCAGAUUUGGUUAGAGAAAUGAUGUCAGGUCUGCCGUGGCCGCCAUUGACGGCGAAAGCUUCACGGCUCUUUUGGAGCUGCUCUUCAUGGCGGUGUUGCCUUCUUCAUCGUCGCCUUAUGGUGCCGGCUCGAGAAGAGGAGGAAGAAGGGGUGAUCGGGCCAGCUGCUUGUCGCAUGGCGGCAUUUAGUGGUGUCGAAAUGUCGGUUCUUCUCUCCGCCCUCAAUAUUAACGGAUGUGAGAAAACGCGAUUGGUGUUGUCAAAGCGGUCCGGUGAGUUUGAUGCGCGGUUCGGCGUUGGUGGGGAUGAAGUUAGGGAAAAGGUGUAUCCAAUUUUGCUUGGGCAGUUGAUUGAAGUCCACAGGGCGAAUACCGUACGUUCUUUCAUUCGCGUGGAAAAAGGGCGGAAGGACGAUCACGGCGAACAUCGUGAUGAAGAUGUUUACAAAGGCAGCUUACUUGUGUCUCCAUUGGCUAUGAUGUCGAGAGGCACUGCGGCGAGGCGCACACACGUCGUCCAUUCUCUGCUUCUUUUACACGCUGUGUUUUCUAUUCGAUCGUUGUCUUUCUCGGUCUCUGUGAAGAGAUGCGCCGGAGAGGAGUUAGCCGCGGCUACAGUGUCGGCGCUGCUCCGCCAAGACGCAGGUGCAGCGGAUAUUCUUCUUUCAGUGUUAGCGCGUACCUGCGAGACUACGGGGUCUGUUCACUUUGUAGUCUUCUGGCGUGCCGCGUUCUUAUCGGCGGCAAAUGAACCCUCAGAGACGGCGGCGUGGCUCCUUGCAGGCCUUGCACGCAGCAUUGAAAAACACGUUUUGGUGAAGGGUGCUGCUGCUGGGUCGCAUUUCUUCCUGGCCGCUGUUGACGCCGUCUUUGAGAGCAUCGUUCCCGCGAUGGCAGCAAUACUUUCCUCCUUUUUGGCUUCUGUCGUGGGUGACGCCGAACACCGCUUGAGAGAUUUGUGUGCGCGUGGAUUCGUCGAGGUGUGGAGCGCUUUUGUGCGCGCUCCCCCCCAAUGCGUCGGGAGGAUGCUCGAGAGUUUCCUCCGCGAUACAAUGCUGAAAAGUAACGACUCGGAGCAUAAUACUGCCGCGGCGCGUGCUACAAUGACUUUGCGGAAAUCUCUUGAGGUGUAUUAUGUCUCCGUGAUGGAGCGGCGGUUUGUUAUGGGAGGGGAAUGCGUGACUGCUUGGCCCUCGUCGUCUGCAUGGUGGCCGGAGGUGGCGGGGAUCGAUUAUCAUGAGCACUGCGUCCGGGUGCUGCAACAUAUUUUUGCUUUAAGCGAUUACGUCUCCCAUGCUGAUUUCAUCUGCCUUCUCCAGCGUGAUGGGAUGAGGUGCGGCAAACACCCAGCAGCCUUUUUUUUGGAGGGAACCGAAGGACUAUGCGCGCGUCUUUUUUCGAUGCAGCCUGACGAGUUUGCGAGGGAGCAAAUAAUAGAGCUUCAGCGAGUGGCGUCACAGAUCAUUGCGGUCUCCGCAAAAACAAUUUGCACGAGUCCUGGACGGGACGUUUUUGCCCCACCGUUUGGAGGAUCCUCCGGUCAAUACGCGACGACGUACACGCGCCUGCUUUACUUCUGUCUUGUAGAGAGGAUGCAUCAGCUCCAGUCUUUAAGCCAUCCGUGCGUCCAGGCGUUGUUGCGGGCGCUGCGGUCUCUCAUUGUUUUGGAAAAGGAGGCCUACAGCACGGCCGUGCAACUGUCAAUUUCCAUUACGCUGAGCUGCAUGCUGCCGAAUGCUGCUGUUAUGGGCGAGUUGGCCGGUGAGGCACGGGCGCCAUCAAGGGCGUUACUGUCUGCAGUCCGAGACAUGAAUUUGACGCCAGCGUUAACUCCACUCGCCUCUUCCCUGAAAGACUUGUUGGACAACCGUGUCAACAUCAGCAGCGGUGUGGGGACGAAAGGCGUCAAGGACACCGUGAAGCCUUUUAUACCCAAACUUCCACUUGCGGCUUUGCCCCUGCCGCAGUACUACACUUCCAACGGGGCGAUGACUGUCGUGGAGGCUGGAGGGGUGCGACCGACGGUAGUUGUCAGUGAACCGACACCGCUGUUACCGCCGUUGGAAAUUACCUCACCCUCGCAAAAGCUGCAUUUGGGAGACGGCUUUUCUGUGAUCACCAGCACUUCAAGGGGGCAAGGACGGAUGACCGCACUGGACGAUCCGGCAUCGCUGGCGGAAGUGCUGCUCUUACUCUGCUGCUUGUUACCCGGACGCAGUAGUGGGAUGAUAAGCCAGUCCGGCCUUGUGGCUGCUCGCGAAAUCGCAAAAAACCAAACGAAGCGGCCUCAAUUGGACUCCGUUUGCUGGAAUGUUCCUCUUGUACGCGUCCUUCGUAAGUUGGAGGAGUUCAUGCGUUGCCCGGCGAACAAAACCUCCGUUCAGUUCUUUGAUGAACUUGUCACAAGAGAGAUGCAGACGAGCCCUGUGUGGAUUGGGGUGGAUGUGCUGCGGCGACUGCUGUUACCGCAGCCAAAAUUACUUGAGGGGAUAAUCAUAACACGACGAAUCGGCGCAGGCAGUUAUGGCUCAGUCUUUGCCGCAACACACUCUUGUUGUGAUCCAGUCUCUUUGUGUCAGCACAAGUUGAACUUGGUGGAUUCUGCACAGUCUCUUGCACUGAAGAUGGUCUCUAUCAACCGGCCCGAGAUGGAGGAUGAAUGUUUUGCAUUGGUGAGCUGCCACACAGAGGUGACCGCUCUACUUCACCUUCAAUGGCAUCCACACAUCUGCGAACUUCUCUUCUUUGGUUGUACCGCUUCACACUAUGUUCUUGCAAUGCCGCUAUAUGAGGGCGGCUCACUUCGCGAAUGGCGAGUGAUGAGAAGUGGCUUUCCUGUCGGUGAUAAAGUGAAGGAGGGUUGUUUUGGCGCCUCAAGGGGAUUGGUCUCGGAUUCCAUGACACAUUUGUCUGGAGGUGGCAUCCUUUCGGUGUGUGGACCCAUCUUUGCACAGAUUCUCGAGACAGUUGAGUUCAUGCAUGCUCGUGGCAUACGCCACAAUGACCUCAAGGCAGACAACAUUCUCAUCGAGAGUUUCCGGGUGGCGUCGUCAUCCCCUGUCACAGUGCCUAAUGCGGAGGAGGAAAAGAAGGGCACGCGUGGGAUCUACAGGGGAACCGAUGAGCCGGAAAUCUGUGUUCCCAUUGCCAUCCGAAUUUGUGACUUUGGUGUAAGCGAGUUGGUUGGGGAGGAAAUGGUUGCCGUGCGGAGCGCCAACAAAUCCGCUGCUGAUGGCAGGGCGUGUCGCAGGGCUCCCACGAGGGGGACGGAGGCGGUGCAGGCGCCGGAGAGACUCUUAUUGUUGAGCGCCACAUUUACUGACGGAAAAUGCCAUGAUGAGGCCGCACCUUCGGCUGCCUCAUCUGCCCUUCCCGCAUCGUCUGGUUUAGGCCAUGUGAAAAGAGAACUCGCAGCGGAUAUUUGGGCCUGCGGAUGUUUGCUUUACGAACUUUUGACAGGCGUCAUGCUAUUUGGGGGAGCAAAUCUUGGCCGACUGUUUUUUCUCGCGGCCGAAUUGCAGGAUGGCAGGCGCACUUUGCACGAGGUUCUGCAGCCGCAUCAAAAACAUGCUCUUGACACCGUGGGGCCUGGAGUCACAGAAUUUUUGCUGCGGCUUCUGGCCGUGGACCCCGCGGAGCGACCCAGUGCUUCUGAGGCUCGACAGUUGUGGGAGCAGAUCAGGAAAGCACAGGGCGGAUGCCGCGUGAAAUGCGACAAGAAGAGGUGA